GGAACAAAUGUUCCUGCCGCGUUUCCCGGCCGGACCGCGGGCGGGGCGUGUUUGAGGACGGACCAAUGGCGGCGCCCUUGCGGUACUUCCGGCGUGUCCCGGCGAUGUGGCGAUGGCGGCUCCCGGGGCCGCUUCGGGCCGGGGGAGGUCCCGGCGGCGUCGCGGUUCCCCGGGCGGGGCUCAAGAAGUGGAGGCUGCCCCCGGAUUACAGCGGGAUCACCAUCCCCGAGAAGCCGAAGCUGAGGUUCAUAGACAAGGUGCCGGCGGUGCCCAAGGUCCAGCGGGAGCCCCGGCGGCUCCGUGACAUCCGCGGCCCGUCCCAGGUGGCCACCGACUUCACGCAGGGGCAGUACGGGAUCCUGGCUUUGGGCGGGGGGUACCUGCACUGGGGCCACUUCGAGAUGAUCCGCCUGACCAUCGGGCGCAGCAUCGAUCCCAAAUCCAUGUUCGCCGUGUGGCGCGUGCCCGCCCCCUACAAGUCGGUGACGAGGAAGAGCCUGGGACACCGGAUGGGGGGCGGGAAGGGCCCCAUCGACCGCUACGUGACGGCGGUGAAGAGCGGUAGGCUGGUGGUGGAGGUGGGCGGGCGCUGCGAGUUCGGGGAGGUGCAGCCCUUCCUCACCCGCGUGGCCCAGAAGUUGCCCUUCCCGGCCGUCGCCGUCAGCCGGGAGAGCCUCCAGGAGAUGCGGCGGGAGGAGGAGCAGAAGAGGCUGGACAACCAAAAUCCCUGGACUUUCGAGCGUGUGGUGACCUCCAAUAUGUUGGGGAUGAGGAAGUACCUGAGCCCCUACGACCUGCAGCUCAAGGGACGCUACUGGGGCAAGUUUUUCCUGAAGCACAGAGUGUGAGGAGGGGCUGGAUGGGAUUCCUUUUGGGAUUAAACUUUUCCACGAGA